CCUUUCUCUGACUCUGGUCACGACGCAAACCUUCAGCGGCCAGCCAAAAUGCCGCAAUCUUACCGCGUGGUGCAGCACAUUGUCGACUGCCACUACACAAGAGAGUACGUUGCGGCGACUGCCAAUGGCGAUGAUGACAGGCCGAGGCUCGCGGUGAAGCAGUACAUCCCCAUAGACAACCCCAACCCUCAGCCAGGCGACGUCACACUCAUUGCAGCUCAUGCCAACGGCUUUCCAAAGGAGCUGUAUGAACCUCUUUGGGAUGACCUUCACAGGAGGCUGGCCCAGAGCGGGACACGUAUCCGGUCUAUUUGGAUCGCGGAUAUGUGGAAUCAAGGGCAGUCGGGCGUUUUGAACGAGAAGAUACUAGGAGACGAUCCAAGCUGGUUCGACCAUGCUCGUGACAUGAUGAAUCUCAUCAACCUCAAGCGAGAUGAGAUGCCGCACCCGCUGGUCGGGAUCGGCCACAGCAUGGGCGGAGCGCAAAUCUCCGCCGUAGCCCUCAUGCACCCGCGGCUCUUCCACAGCGUCAUCCUGCUCGAUCCCGUAAUGGGCUUCGUCAACAGUGGCAUCGGGCCCGCGGUCGCCUCCACCAGCCGGCGCGACAUCUGGGAGUCACGCGCCGCGGCAGCGGCCAAGUUCGCCCAGUCCAAGUUCUACCAGGCCUGGGACCCGCGCGUGCUGGACCUGUGGAUCGAGCACGGCCUGCGCGAGUUGCCGACCGAGCUGUACCCCUCCCUCUCCUCUGCCUCCCUCGCCAACAUCAACAGCAAGGGACAGGCCGAACUUGGAACUAGAAAGGAGGACAAGCCCGUCACGCUGACAACGACCAAACACCAAGAGCUCUUCACCUACCUGCGCCCGACCUACCGUCGUCCUGACGCCUACCCCGUCCCGGACAUGGACCCGGCCUACGACGUCGUCAACCCACGCGGAUACCCGUUUUACCGGCCCGAACCGUUCCACGUGUUCCGGCGGCUGCCCGAGCUGCGGCCCAGCGUGCUAUACGUCUUUGGCGGGCAGUCCGACAUAUCCACGCCCGAGCUGCGCCGGGCCAAGAUGCAGAACACGGGGACCGGGGUUGGCGGAAGCGGCGGGGUGGAUAAGGGGAGGGUUGAGGAGGUGGUGCUUGAUUGUGGGCACUUGGUGGCUAUGGAGAAGGUUGGGGAGUGCGCGGAGGCGAUGGCGGGGUUUUUGGAGAGGGAAGUGGGACGGUGGAGGACGCAGAGGAAUGCUGUUGAGGCGGCUAGGAAGGGGCGGGAGAGGAGGGAGGUCAUCAUGAUUGAUGAACGGUGGAAGGAGGAAAUUAAGCCACGGGAGAAAGGGGAGGCGAAGCUCUGAUGUUAGUGGUGUGGAAGCGCUGGGCUUGUUUAAGGAAGGUGCUGACGGAAUUCUAGAAGAUGCUUGGCUUAGAUGUUUAGACCUAGCGGAGAAUUGUACUGCAAUGCCUAGC